AUGCCCCACGCUGUCAGUAUCGCGACCCCGGGCCUCCAGGCCUUGAUCCUCUGUGGCCCGGGCAGCUCAUUCCCAACUUUCACCUCAAAUCCCGAUGAGAACCCCAAGGCUCUUCUCCCUAUUGCCAACAGGCCAAUGGUCUGGUAUCCGCUCGAGUUUUGCUACCGGGCAGGGAUAACAAAUAUCACACUGGUUUGCCCACCUUCGGCUGCAGAGGCUAUCACCACCGCUCUGAAGACGAACCCCUUCUUGACCAGUUUGCCUUUUCCUCGACCUGACCUCCUCGCGCCAAAAGACCUGGACCAGAACACAGGGACAGCCGAGAUACUCCGCCUCCCCGAACUGCAGGCCGUCGUUACGUCUGAUUUUGUAGUGCUCCCCUGUGAUCUUGUCUGCGAGCUGGGCGCCGACAAGCUGCUGCAAGCAUGGAUGGUCAAGUCAGCUAGCCUCGAAGACCUCGUCGGGGAUUCGCCGUCUGGCAGCCCGCGGAGUGGUGGGCUUGGUGUGUAUUACCAAACCAAGACAGCCACGCCCAUCAAGGGCGAAGAGACAGAUUUUGUGGCGACCAUCCCACUCCCACCGACCUCAGUCCUCCCCCCGAAGGGCUCCCUAUUCCCCGACAUGGCAAAGGUGGUCUACUCCAUGCCAACCGAUUCUCUCAAGGACGUCGUGGGAGAAAAGAAGGGCUUCCCUGUACGGCACGGACUGCUUCGCCAGCACGCCCGGGUAAGAAUACUGACCACCCACCGCGACGCUCACAUCUACAUCUUCCCGCAUUGGGUGAUGCAAUUCAUCAAGGAUAACGAACGGCUCGAGACCAUCGGCGAGGACGUCAUCGGAUGGUGGGUCAAGGCCGGCUGGCAAAAGGGCCUCUCCACCAAGCUCGGCCUAGACAGCAUCCUCCAGCGGCCAGACAGCGGCAGCGCUGACGGGCAUGCCAGCCCGAGCGGGCACAACCCCACCAGCACGCGCAAGCUCAGCGCCGACGCACCCAACACAGCCGCCUCCGCUCCCCCGCCGAAACCGAGGCGCCCAUCCCCCCCCAUGCUCGCCUACAUCCACCCGACCGGCCCCUCGGACCCCCUGAUCCGGCGCGUCGACACGGCCCAGCUCCUCCUCCAAAUCUCACUCCAACUCGCCAAGCUCCCCUCGCUCGAAGAGACGGGCGCGGAUAACCCCUCAUCCCCCUUCGCGCACGCGCGCAAGGUGGCCUACCCGGAGGGCGUCAAGUCGCGGACGACCAUCACCAAGCAGGACAGCCUGGUGGCGGACAACGUGACGGUGCAGGAGAAGACGUCGAUCAAGGAGUGCGUGGUGGGCGCCAACUGCCAGAUCGGCGAGGGCGCCAAGCUGUCGCAGUGCCUGCUCAUGGACGGCGUCGUGGUCGGCAAGAACUGCAAGCUGACUAAGUGCGUCCUGGGCAAGCGCAGCGAGCUCGGCGACGGCUGCGUGCUGACCGAGUGCGAGGUCCAGGAGAACCUGCUGGUCGAGGCUAAGACCGAAGCAAAAGACGAAAAGUUCAUGUCCUCCUCCGGUCUCGAAGCAACCCAGCAGGAGCUGGACGCUUUCGGGGACGACGACGGAGCAGACGGCGAGGACGAUGACGACGAAGAAUCCGACGAGUGA